ACUGUCAACGACUGCCGUCACCCACAGUGGACAACUUUCCAACAGACUGCACCCUGAAGUUCUACUUCACAGUCACUUUGUCAAGUCAUGGAAAGGAGAUAUAACUUGAGAACCAGGGCACCUCCUAGAGUGAACACUGGGAACACUACCCAGCAUUUCAGGCCCCAGCAUUAUGUGCCACCUGCAGGAGUGCCUCCCAGCUCGGAUAUGCACUCCCUCAGACAAGCCCUUCUUUCUGCUGAAGGAGAAAAUCUGAAGCUGGCAUCUGAAAACGCUAGACUUAAACAGCAGUUUGCCAAUCUGCAAGAAGCCAACACAAAACUGCUGCAUGAGAAUGGCUGCCUUCAGAAGACACUGGGGAGAAAGCUGAACAUGGCCAAACAAAACAUCAAGGAGUUGCAAAAGGCUCUAGAGGCCAUAAAGGCAGACCAGGAUGAGGACAAGAAGAGGGAGGAAACUUUGAGAGAGAACGAAAAGGAACUCUCUUCACUUAGAGAAAGCCUCAGAGUGCGAACCGAGGAGCAUCUGGACAUUUCUUCCCAGCUCAGCCUCAAAGAGACUGAACUGAGCGAGAGCUCGAAGAGGUGCAACGCUCUGGACGAGAAGUUCAGGGAGGAGCUCGCCGAGAGGGAGAGGAGAGAGAAGGAACUGUCUUCACUUCGUGACAGCCUCAGUGCAGAGAAGGAGAAGACAGACAGAGUCAGAGACUUCUGGACGAAGGAAUAUGACCAGAUGAAGGCUGCCUUUGAGGGCGAAUUAAAAAUGGUCAAGUCCAUGUGCGACACCCAGCAGAGCACUGACCUGCAGCAAGUGCAAGCAGAUGCUCAGAGCAAGGUGAGCCAGCUGCAAGAGACCAUCACAGAGAAGGACAAUGAGAUCAGCGCCUUCAGAAGUGAAAUUAAAAGUCUCACUGAGGAGCAUUUGAUCCUUUCGUCCCAGCUGAGCCUCAAAGAGAGUGAACUAAACCAGAGCAUAAACAGGUGCAACGCUCUGGAGGAAAAGUUCAAGAAGGAGCUUGUCGAGAGGGAGCAGAGCUGGGAGAGGAGACAGAAGGACUUGGAAAAGCUGUGGGCCGAAAAAGAAGUUGCCCUGAAGAAAAAGGCGGGCAACACAGAGGAGGAACUGAAGCUUCUCAUCAUUAAAAGCAUCCACCUUCAGGAGCUCACCCUUAAAAAGAAGAAGAGGCAAGGUUUCUGGGGCAAAAAGAGGCAAAAAAGCUGCACUGUGGAGGAGGAGGCUGCAGGUUGUUCAGCUCAGGCUGGACAUGAAGAGAAAAAGAAACAUAAAAAAGACAAUACAUGGGGCUUCUGGAGCAAAAAGAAAGAAAAAAGCAACUCUGACAAGGAGGCUUCAGUAUGUCUGGCUCAGGCUGGACAGGACAAGGAGACAAAGGAGAAGAAACGGGGCUACUGGAGCUGGACUCUCAAGAAGAAAAGCAGUGACAGAAAAGUGGAGGAAGGUGCUGUUCGUCUGGCGCAAGAUGGACAGCAGUAA